GGAAGCGGCUUUCUUCGUCCUCCGAGGGGGGGGAGGAGUUCCGCUUCCGGAAGGGAGUUAUUCCUCUGAGGGAAGGAGCUGCAGGCCCCACCAGUUCUCCCAGUCCUCCCUCUUUGAAUAUCAUCUGAGAGAUGAGGUAGACACAUCUUCAUCCAGUUUGAGGCAACCUAGAAGCGCAGAACAAAGAUGGAAGGGCAAGAGCCAGCUGCCGCCCAGUUGAAAGUAUUUUCUGCUGCUGUUGAGGCAGAGAACAACAGAGCAUUGCGGGAGGACCCUUGGGGGAAAGACCAGGAGAGCAGCGUCCUCCACUCAGAUCUUCAGUGCCAGGACUUCCGACAUUUCCGCUAUGAGGAGGCCUUGGGGCCCCGAGAGGUUUGCAGCCGCCUCCACUCUCUCUGCCGCCUGUGGUUGAAGCCUGAGGAACAUACAAAGGCGGAGAUGCUGGACCUGGUGCUCCUGGAGCAGUUCCUGGCCGUCCUUCCUGCGGAGAUGGAGCGCUGGGUGAGGGAAUGUGGGGCAGAGACCAGUUCCCAGGCCGUGGCUUUGGCUGAAGGAUUCCUCCUGAGUCAGGAAGAGGAGAGGAAGAGGGAGAAGCCCCAGGUGCAGGACUCUUUUGCAGAUGAGACCAGUCAGGUGGAGGAGUCUCUUUCGCACAUUUGGCUCGUCCAUAUUGGAGAAGGAGAAUAUAUCAUAGCUGGCAGUGAAACAUGGCCAAGCGAUAGUAGCACAACUUUUCGCAAUUCUUUCCUAAGAAGAGAUUCUGUGGGACCAGAUCAGGUGACGUUUGAAGAUGUGUCUGUGGAUUUCUCAGAGGACGAGUGGGCCCUCUUGGAUCUGAACCAAAAAGCCUUGCACCAACAGAUCAUGGAAGAGAAUUUAGGGAUUGUAACAACUCUGGAGGAGACACAAUUUAAAUAUUUGGAAGAUGGAAUUAAUUUCAAUAGUAAGGAAGCACUCUCCUCUGAAGAAACUUAUACAUGGGAUAAACCAUUUAAAUGCUUGGCGUGUGGAAAGAGCUUCCGUCACAUGAACCUUCUUAUUCGUCAUCGGGCAACUCACACAGGAGAGAAAUCAUUCAAAUGCUUGGAAUGUGGAAAGAACUUCUGUCAGAAGGCACACCUUGUUCGUCAUCAGGCAAUUCAUACAGGAGAAAAGCCGUUUAAAUGUUUGGAGUGUGGAAAAAGUUUCUCUCGGAAGUUAGGCCUUGUUCAUCAUCAGGCAACUCACACAGCAGAGAGACCAUAUAAAUGCUUGCAAUGUGAAAAGAGCUACAGUCACAAGGGAAGUCUUGUUUAUCAUCAGAAAACUCACAAAGAAUUGAAGCUAUUUGAAUGUUUGGAGUGUGGAAAGAGCUUCAGUCGGAACUCGCACCUUGUUUGUCACCAGGCAAUUCACACAGGAGAGAAGCCGUUUAAAUGCUUGCAGUGUGAAAAGAGCUUCAGUCAAAAGGCAAACCUUAUUACUCAUCAGGCAACGCACACAGGAGAGAAGCCAUUUCAAUGCUUGCAGUGUGAAAAGAGCUUUAGUCGCAAGCACAUCCUUAUUAGUCAUCAGGCAACUCACACAGGAGAGAAGCAGUUUAAAUGCUUGCAGUGUGAAAAGAGCUUCAGUGACAAGCACAUCCUCAUUCGUCAUCAGGCAACUCACACAGGAGAGAAGCCAUUUGAAUGCCCAGAGUGUGGAAAGAGCUUCAGUCGGAAUUCACACCUUGUUUGCCAUCAGGCAACUCACACAGGAGAGAAGCCAUUUAAAUGCUUGCAGUGUGAAAAGAGCUUCAGCCAGAAGGGAAACCUUAUUAGUCAUCAGGCAACUCACACGUGAGUAAAGCCAUUUCAAUAUCUGGAAUGUGAGAAGAGCUUCAGUCAAAAGACAAGUCUUAUUUUUCAUCAGAAAACUCAUAUAGGAGAGAGACCAUUUAAAUACUUGGAAUGGGAAAGAGCUUCAGAUACAAGUCACACCUUGUAUCAGGCAACUCACAGCAGAUUAAAACCAGAAUGAGGAAAGAGCUGCAGUUGAAAUACAAGCCUACUUUUUUCAUUGUCAACCCACACUGAAGAAAUGGGGGUCAUGGCAAGUUCCCUUGUCAGAGGGGGUGCGUGGGGGCAUGAAUCUUUGUCAUACAAACACUGAGUUAAAAAGCCAUGGAUUUUGGGGAAAAUAAUAACCUGACCAAUUUUCUAUGAUAAAAUAUUUAAUUAAGUGUAAAUGGUAAUAUUUUGAGCUAAAUCAAUGAUAUUUCAGUUUUUUAUCCAUUCAUGCAUAUUGGUUACUGCAUAUAUUUCCUUUCAUAUAUAUUCAGGGUUAAAAUGCAUUUCAUUGAGAAGUUUGAUGAGAAGUGUGGUAAUGGGUUCGAUUAAUGACUAACUCCCCUUUGUAUCAUGUAAUUCUAUGUAUGUGGGACUGGGUUUUCUUUUGUGAAAUAUCUAAUAAAGCAUAACUGAUAAAAUGUU